AUGUCUUCCCCAAACCACACUACAGUGACAGAAUUCAUUCUCUUGGGACUCACAGACGACCCUGUGCUGGAGAAGAUCCUGUUUGGGGUGUUUCUGGUGAUCUACCUGAUCACGCUGGCAGGCAAUCUCUGCAUGAUUAUGCUGAUCAGGACCAAUUCUCACCUCCAAACACCCAUGUACUUCUUCCUUAGCCACCUCUCCUUCGUAGACAUUGGCUAUUCCUCCAACAUCACUCCAAAUAUGCUGCACAACUUCCUCUCCGACCAGAAGACCAUCUCCUAUGCUGGAUGCUUCACACAGUGUCUUCUCUUCAUUGCCCUGGUGAUCACUGAGUUUUAUAUCCUUGCUUCGAUGGCUGGCUUGACGCUGUCAAGCUCUCUCUUCAUCAUUGUCCUUUCCUACCUUUUCAUUAUUGCAGCCAUCUUGAGGAUCCGUUCUGCUGAAGGCAGGCACAAGGCUUUUUCUACUUGUGGUUCCCACUUGACAACAGUCACCCUAUUUUAUGGAACCCUCUUCUGCAUGUACUUAAGGACCCCAUCUGAGAAGUCUGUGGAGGAGUCCAAAAUAAUUGCAGUCUUUUAUACUUUCUUGAGCCCAAUGUUGAACCCAUUGAUUUAUAGUCUACGGAACAAGGAUGUGGUUCAUGCUAUGCAGCAAAUCAUUCAGGGAAAUCUCUUUCAUAAAAUUGAAAUUUGGUUAUCUGUUCAUUUGAAAUAA